ACGCAUCAAGCAAGCUACUUCCGGCAAAAUAGCCGUGGAAGAAAAUUGCGAAGAUUUAAGAGUUGCCCCUCGUUUCUGUUUCGGUAAAAUAUACAUUUAAAGUCAGCACCGUGGCUACCAAAAUUGUAAGCGAAGUCCCUGUCCAGAUUAUAAGUUCAAGGUCAGGUGGCAUGUCGCUCGUUGACCUCGGAAAGAAACUACUGGAGGCAGCCAAGCGUGGAGACACAGAUGCUGUCCGGGCGUUGAUGUCCAAUGGUGCACCCUUCACAACAGACUGGCUGGGAACAUCCCCGCUUCACUUUGCCGCCCAAUUUGGCCACCAGCAGACGGCGGAAGUGCUGCUCAGGGCAGGGAUCAGCCGUGAUGCUCGCACCAAAGUGGACCGCACGCCCCUCCACGUUGCCGCUCAGGAGGGCCAUGUGGAGAUAGUGGAGCUUCUCCUGGACAACUCAGCUGACAUUGAUGCUAAAGACAUGCUGAAGAUGACACCACUACAUUGGGCCACAGAAAAAGGACACAUUCCAGUCGUUGAGAUUCUCCUGAAACACUCUGCGGACACCAACUUUGAAAACAAGUUUGACCGGACACCGCUGGACAUUGCCAUCGCCAACGGGAGAACUGAUAUAGCACAACUUUUACAACUAGCACAGCACACGGAGAUCACCUGUACGGAGGGGGAGACGGUGACGGUGGAGACGACGUCGGACAUGAUCAGCAACGUUCUCGGCGCGGGAGACAGGGACGGUGGGGCGGUGUUGCCUGUUGCUAUUGUUCCUAACACUGCAUCCACCUCCAAAUCCAAAAAUGGGGAAAUCUCGGACCAAAGCAGUACUUCCGUCCUGGCCACCCUGGCUGCCCUUGCUGAGGCCACGGCUCCCAUCAACACGCAAAAUGUCAGCUCAUCGGAGGCGAUGAACUGGUUGGAGAGUCAAGGCAUCACAAUGAUCUCAACAGCAGACGGAGGCAUCAUCACUUCCGCAGUGGAGAGCGGCCAGACCAUCUCGCUCACAGAGGCUGGCAAGAUAGCACUGAAUCUGAUCAGGCAGCAGGGCCUAGCUCAGACAGUGUCUCAAGAUGGGGAGGUGGAGAGUGCUAUAGAGAAUGUGGUGGGCGCUGAGGAGGAGGAAGAACAGAAAGUCAUAACAAUAGUGGCCAACCAGGGAGAGUCAGAGAUCCCCAACAACAACGGCGGCACGGUGCUGGUGGCCGUCAACCCCGACGGCACAACCACAGAGAUCCCCAUGGAGGCGCAGAUGGUGGAGGAGUCAGUUGAGGAGACAGAAAUAACAGAGCCGCUGCUGAAGAAAAUCAAAACUGAAGAUGGUCAAGGGGAGGUAAUCCUGGAGGAGGUAGCUCUGGCAGAAGCAGAUGGUCUACACACGGAGGAAACACCAUUAGUUAUGGCUGAGGAUGCUGAUGAGAACGAUCCCGGCCAGGACAGGCUCCGGAAGCAGCUGGAGGAAGUUCAGAAACAGGCCGAUGAAUACAAGCGCCAACUGCAGCAGAAACAGGAGGAGGCUGAGGGAUACAAGAAGAAGCUCAAUGAAAUUGUCAAAACACCCGAGAAAUCCUCAGGGGAAUGAACAUCGAAGAAUUCCUCACCCAUCAUUGUUUCAUCCUCUUUGAGGCUUUACCUGGUGUUACCUAGCAACCAGCAUCCUCGGUCAAAACAUUCUCCUUAUUGCUCCUCUCAAGCAUUUCAUGUGUCGUCCACAGAAAUUUGGCUGUGGAAUCCAGUGAUUAAAAUUUUGCAUGGACACAAGGGUUUAGGGCUGGGAGUCCAUUUUACCUACCGGGUACCCAGCCCAUGUUACCCCAUCCUUCCAGGUACCAGCUGUAGUUCUCAAGGGUUGGGUACAGAACGUCCAGUGAGGAAUUGUUUUGCUGGAUUCAUGGCAAGAGGUAGUUGGAUGUAUAUAUAAACAAUUUGAUCAUUGAUACACUGAAUCUGACAGAAGCCUUAUGUUUAGCUGAGCGUAUAGAAGUCAGAAAGAAUGUGUGUGUACUCAAUAAGAAAUAGGAACAUUAUUGACUUUCAGAGUCCCCAUGUUAUCCAGCCUAGAGGUUUCUUGCCAACAGACUUACUAACACCGAAAUACUUGUGGGGUCAGAGUUCAAACACUACAGAAGCAGAUCUCAAGGAAUCCCUUUGUGUAUGACACAGAGCUAGAUUUACGUUGUUGCAGGGUUAGAUAAGACCACACAACUGCUUCUUUGCCUCCCAAAUUUAGUUAUUGUGCUUAAACCAUUUGUCCUGAAAUAAGCUGUGGACUGGAUGAAUUUAACUUGUAGAAAAUGUCAGAGUAUCAUUUAACUAAUCGUAACUUCAGCACUCAAGAUGGCUUUCAGGAACAGGAGCCAUUUAAUUUAUGGUGUCUGUCUCUUCAAAUGGUGGCAUGUCGGGAGUAAUUGAACUUUACUGGGCAACCAAACAGUAAGGAUCAUAAAGAGCUACCUAUCCAAAGAGUUACCUAUCCCUAAGGAUCAUAAAGAGUUACCUAUCCCAAAGGAUCAUAAAGAGUUACCUAUCCCAAAGGAUCAUAAAGAGUUACCUAUCCCAAAGGAUCAUAAAGAACUACCUAUCCCUAAGGAUCAUAAAGAGUUACCUAUCCCUAAGGAUCAUAAAGGGCUACCUAUCCCUAAGGAUCAUAAAGGGCUACCUAUCCCUAAGGAUCAUAAAGAGUUACCUAUCCCUAAGGAUCAUAAAGAGUUACCUAUCCCUAAGGAUCAUAAAAAGUUACCUAUCCCUAAGGAUCAUAAAGGGCUACCUAGCAUUAAUGAUCAUAAAGGAAUCCCUAAGGCUGAGGAAAUGUGAAGUGAUGACAGAAGAAGGUAUCUAGACUUAUGGUCAUGAACAGUGCUUUUACAGAUAAAAGGCAAAGGAAAGUGUUUGGGGUAACCUAACCUAACACAACUAACCCUUGGGAUUGGAGAAGCUGUUGUGAUCAGUGGAAAGACUGAGACAACAACCAAUGUAAUCUGCAUCCAGUAAACUGCAAACCUGCCAAUCAUUAAACUUUGAUUACUAAGUUGCAUCCAUCAUCUCCAGCAAAUUAUGUGGCAUUAAGACAUUUUUUCACCAUUUUCAUGGGAUAUCAUGUAUCUUGUUAAACAUGUUUCAAUAUUUAACUCACUUUGUACAUGAAUCUGGUUUUAUUCUCUGUACAUCAUGUCGACCUAUUUAUGCAAUCUGUUUGAGUAAAGCCUCCAAGAUGUUGUAACCAUGACAACCGUCUCCAAGAGGGUGUUGUCAUGGAAACAUUUCAUAUUAUCAUCCUGUAAUGGUUCAUUGUUGAACCUGCACCCUGGUGUAUAUAGUUUUGUAUAGGACAUGGUAAAAUAAAUUUUACUAUUUUCAA